AUGAGAGAAGCGCCAGUGUCACCGAUCGUUCCAGAAACGAAUGAUAGUUUUAUUGAGAAAGACACAGAUAGCACCAAUUUGCUGCAGGAGCUUUGGAAUGAAGCGAACUCUACAGUACUCGAUCAGCUUCCAGCGAUUGAUGCAUCAAUGGAUAUCAGGACCAAGACAGGUAUGCGGCAGAAUGAUAUAGCUGCUACGAGAUCUACGUCACAUUCGGAUAGUUUGGCAAGUCUUCAUCAACGACUGACAAAUACGGCAAUACCCUCCUUUCUUAUUCAUAUGCCGGCCAUUUUAGUCCAAUAUUAUUUCGACUUUGUCUGCAAGUCUUGGUCCUCCUUUGAUUCGCCUUUGAAUCCAUUCCGGCUUAUUGUCAGUCGUCUUUGGAGUCAAAAUGCAGCAAUAUACUAUGCCAUCCAGAGUAUGGCCGCAGCAUCUCUUGCUAACGACUUUCCGGGAAUGAGAGCUAUCGGGAUUCAGACCCAACAGCAAGCCAUAUCCUGUCUUCGAAACAAUCCUCGUAUAGGCUCCUUGCACCGAGAUGAUCAUGAUGACGAGUUCUUCCUUGCCCUCCUUAUGAUAGGAUUGACAACGGCCUGGCACAAUGCAUCAGAUUUAGGACUGGAAUAUUUGAAAGAGGCGAAGGACUAUCUCGUGAGCCAGCAACGAAUGUGUCAGAAUCCAGAAUCUACAUUUGCAAAGCAAUACCCGCUGUUCCAACAGUGCUUACUGUACUGGAACAUGAUGGCGGCCUUCGUGGCGGAGGAUUCCUUACUUCUGAACGAAGAAAAGGUUCUAGAAAGACCGGAUGAUGAGAUGUCGGUGUAUCUGGUGGAUGGUCAAGCUCUUCCACACCCAUGGACUGGACCACUUUCCAAAUCAAUAAGCCUUUUCUAUCAAGUUGCGAAAUUGGUCCGAGUCGUCCGCAUUUCUAAGCGCACGCACGGAGAUGAUCUUGACGUAACAAAUAUCGAUUUUAAUUCCCUUGUUGAAGAAAUUGAUCAACACCAAACCGCCGAAAAGCUUGAAGAAGAUAUGCUUUUUACUGGUAUCUCUUCCUAUUGUGGACCAGUUGACAUCGGUGACACUGACACACCCCCAUCACAUUUUAUCACUCUCGCAGAGGCAUACCGCUGCACUGCUCUACUUCAAAUUUACCAUGUCUUCCCAGACAUUCUAGAGGAGCGCCUCCAGCUUAACAAGAGAUCUGACCAAGAGCCAGCAGCUCUCUUUUCCCUACUUUUCGAGGCAAAUGCCACACCACCGUCUGUUCAUGAGGGACGACGAAUCUUAGCACUUCACAUUGUUUCGCUUCUUGAUCAGAUUCCCCCAACAUCCGGAACAAGAUGUAUGCAUCCUGUAGUUUUGACUUGCAUUUCAAGCGAUCUUGUUUUUUCCAAUGAGUCUUUGUUCGGUCCUGCGGCAAAUCCAAUUGCUUGUUUAAACUCUUUAGAUGUCGAAAUUGCUCAGGCACGUCGGAAGGUUAGCACUUGGUUGUCAGAGCUCACUUUGAUUCUUCCAAAAUUACGAUUGCAACGCAUGUCUCGAAUUGUGCAUGAAACUUGGAGUAGAGCGGAUGCUGGAAUUGGUGACUUUUGGUUGGACAUAAUGCUUGAAAAUAAUCUUGAGACGAUGAUGGGAUAA